AUGUGUAUAGCACCUCUCUUCGACGAUAUUGAUAUCGCCCUCAUCUCGACGAGAUUGAAUGGUACAUUCCUCGAGCAACAACCCGUCUCGAUCUUUCGCCAACCGCCUUCCCCCGAAGUCGAUGCCGCUUGGGCACGAAUAGAAAGUCAAAAACCGGUUCCUAUCAGUCGCGAGUACAUUCUGGCCCACGAUAAAGACCCCGCAAGAGCAGCAAAAUUUCCUGAGUCCUUCGGGUUUGGCGAGGAAGCAUAUAUCGGCCGUGUUGAUGUCUUUCAUCAGAUCCAUUGCCUGAACAGACUCCGCAUGCAUCUAAAAGAUAACUACGGCUACUACUACGACGACUCCGACACAAACAAUGAGUACCACCAGCUUCAUGUCAGCCACUGUGUAUAUAUGCUCCUACAGAAUUUGAUGUGCACCGCUAAUGUGGACGUUUAUCCGCAUACAUGGCUGGAUGCCCAGAAAAAUGCUUUCCCAGAUUUCAGCAUCAAUCACAAGUGUCGCGACUUUGGAGCCAUCAUGAAAUGGCACGAUGAAAACUCCGUCCCGAUAGAAGACUUUGGAGCCAUUAGACGGCCGGUCGAUUUUCAACCACAUAUCAUGAACCACAAAUUUAAAACGAUCUUUCAAUGGUAUGACGAGCAUCCGGACGAUGGUGAUCUUGGAAAGGAGAUUUUCUAG